CCUCUGGGCACACAGUCCCCGGAAGUCCUCCCGGGGCCGCCUCACCCUCCCAGCGCCCGCAGACACGCCCUUCUGCCAAUAAUAAGGGCAGCGCAGUGCCCUGUGCUCAGACCUGCAGCCCCACCCUGCCAGAGCCCGUCCAGCGGAGCAGCGGCCUUUCCACCAUGGAGCAAUUGAGUACAGCCAACAGCCGUUUUGCGGUUGAACUGUUCCGCACCCUGAGUGAAAAGGAUCCUGCUGGCAACAUUUUCUUCUCUCCCUAUAGCAUUGCAUCAGCAAUGGCCAUGAUCUACCUGGGGGCCAAGAGCAGCACUGCUGCACAGGUGGCCAAGACUCUUCAUUUUGAUGAAGUCAAGGAUAUUCACUCAAGAUUUCAGAGUCUGAACGCUGAUAUCAAUAAACGUGGAGCUUCCUAUAUUCUGAAGCUUGCUAAUAGGUUAUAUGGAGAGAAAACUUACAAUUUCCUCCCUGAGUUCUUAUCUUCAACUCAGAAAAUGUAUGGUGCUGAGUUGGCCAGUGUGGAUUUCCAGCGGGCCUCAGAAGAUGCAAGGAAGAUGAUAAAUGAAUGGGUCAAAGGGCAAACAGAAGGAAAAAUCCCAGAACUGUUAGCAGCAGGUGUGGUUGAUAACACGACUAAACUCGUGCUAGUGAAUGCCAUCUAUUUCAAAGGAAAAUGGCAGGAACAAUUCAGGGAAGAGGCCACCACUGAAGCACCAUUUAGGUUGAGUAAGAAAGACACCAAAGUGGUGAAGAUGAUGUAUCAGAAGAAGAAAUUUCCACUGGGUUACAUUGAGGACCUUAAGUGCCGUGUGCUUGAAUUGCCUUACAAGGACAAGGAACUCAGCAUGAUUAUCCUGCUGCCUGAUGACACUGAAGAUGAGUUUAUGGAUCUCAAGAAGAUUGAGGAGCAGAUGACUUUGGAAAAACUGCAAGAGUGGACCAAACCUAAGAGCAUGAGUUUGAUUGACGUCCAUGUCUACUUGCCCAAGUUCAAGUUGGAAGAGAGCUACACUCUCAACUCCCACCUGGCCAGCAUGGGUGUGGUGGAUCUCUUUAACAGUAACAAGGCUGAUUUGACUGGCAUGUCAGGAGUCAGAGAUAUUUUCAUAUCAAAAAUUGUCCACAAGUCCUUUGUGGAAGUGAAUGAGGAGGGUACAGAGGCAGCGGCUGCCACAGGAGGCAUUGCCACCUUUUGUAUGCUGAUGCCAGAAGAAACGUUCAGGGCUGACCGUCCAUUCAUUUUCUUCAUUCGUCACAAUCCCUCAGAUACCAUAUUGUUCUUUGGCAAACUUUCUUCCCCUUAGAAACUGUGGGAACAUAAGGUCAGGCAUAGGGCCUUAUUAUCUGCUUUUUUAGAUGAUGCCAAUUUACAUAUAUUUUUAUCAAUAAAACUGCUAUCAAACAAAAAAUACUUAUUUUAUAAAUUCAA